GACAGUACCUGCAUCCUUAGCAGUUCGGAGUUGGCUUCUGUUUUCCGUUAGCGCUUUGCUGCACGGACAAAUGCCUACAAAUGCAUUUAGGAGCCCACAGGACAAGGCGUGGAAAUGUCUCCCCCACGGCAAAAACGAAACUACUUCAUUUUAUUGUGCUAUGUGUGGCUGGGGUUGCUGUUCAUGCACAAGAACAAGGCAUAGAUAUUCUUCAUCAACUAGGCCUUGGAGGCAAAGAUGUAAGACACUCAUCAUCAGUGACUGCUGUACCACCAUCAUCUACAACAUUACCUCAGGGGGUGCACUUAUCAGAAUCAGGUGUCGCUUUAGAAAAUGAUACUUAUAUUGAGUCACCUCUCAUGAAAAUUUUACCAGUCAACCUAGAACAGCCAUUUACAAUAUUAAUUGGGUUACAGUCACAUAGAGUGAACAAUGCAUUUCUCUUCAGCAUUAGAAAUAAAAAUAGACUGCAAUUAGGAGUACAAUUACUACCUAAAAAAUUAGGACUGUACAUUGGAGGAAAGCAGUCUGUAUUUUUCAACUACAGUGUUCAUGACGAGCAAUGGCACUCAUUUGCCAUUACUAUUAGAAAUCAAGUUGUCUCACUGUUUGUUGAGUGUGGAAAUAAACAUUUUAGCACAGAGACUAUUCCAGAAGUUCAUACCUUUGAUGAUAACAGUGUAUUUACCUUAGGAAGUAUGAAUAAUAAUUCUGUCCAUUUUGAAGGAAUAGUAUGUCAGUUGGAUAUUAUUCCUUCUGCAGAAGCAUCUGCAGACUACCACAGAUAUGUGAAACAGCAGUGUUGUCAAGCAACCAAAUACCCACCUGAAACAAGCCUUCCUCAAACAACUAUCAAACCAACUAAAAUAUUGGAACACUCUAGCCUGCCCAAACAAUUUGGUGAAAAAGUACUCUCAGAGGAUUCAUUUACUGAAGGCAAAAGCAUUCCAAAUAUAGUAAAUAAUGACUAUGCAGCAGUGCAUAAAAAAAAAGAACACCAGAUAUCAAGAUCUCAGUUAACUUCUCUUCUUGCAGGAAAUGUCUCUGCUGUGGAUCUCACAAACCAUGGUUUACAGGCCAAAGAAAUGAUUAUUGAGAAACAUACUCAGACAAAUUUAAGCUUGUCAACAACCCAUGAGUACCUCAGUGAGGCAAGAAUAAAUACCAAGAAAAAAUUUAGUUCUCUCCUAAAUGUAUCUGAUAUCACACAACAUGAUGAUCGAGUAACUGGUCUGUCACUGUUUAAGAAGAUGUCAUCUAUUCUUCCACAUAUAAAACAAGAUAUGAUUACUAAUCUCAAGAAGGCUAUCACAGCAAAUCUACACACUAAUGAACUCAUGGAAAUGCAACAGAUUUUAAACACAACCUUAUACAGAAAGACAGAUGAGACAUCUGUGGAUAAUCACCUUGAUCUAAGGAAGGAAGGUGAAUUUCAUCUUGAUGCUACUUAUCCCAUUGAAAAUAGCUAUGAAACUGAGCUUUAUGAUUAUUAUUAUUAUGAGGAUCUUAAUACAAUGCUCGAAAUGGAGUAUCUGAGAGGGCCAAAAGGGGACCCUGGACCUCCCGGUCCACCUGGUCCAGCAGGUAUCCCUGGUCUGUCAGGAAAAAGAGGUCCACGGGGCAUACCAGGACCACAUGGAAAUCCUGGGUUACCUGGAUUACCAGGUCCAAAGGGCCUCAAAGGAGAUCCAGGAUUUUCCCCAGGUCCAGCUGUUUCUGGAGAAAAGUUGGUCAAACUAAAUUUCCGCGUGAGAAUAAAGGUCCUAGAGAUUCAACUGGGAAUUCCCAUAAGAGCAAGGGAGUCCAGAGAACAAGCUGCAACUGUCCCAGAGAACAUAUCAACACAGGAGUCUCCUGGGAAUCUAAAUAACCAAGGAAAAACAUUGCUUCAAGAACUGCCCAUCCCACCAGAUACUCCUUGUGCCCCAGAUCAAGAAUGGGAUCACCUUAAGGAACAGCUGGCCACUGAGUUGAAGGCCGUGCAGCACAACCAAAAGCCACCUGUUUCCAAAUCAGUGCCCCAAAUCAGUGCACACCAGGCCUCCAAGGUCUCACAACACAGUGGGGACGUGACAGAGGCCUAAAUGCUUUGCGUUCAGGUGGAGGCCAGUGUGAACAACCCCAGCCUGGAGGAGGAACCCUGGCACCCUGAGCCCCAAAGCCCUGGCAAGAGCAAGGACUCAGCCCAUGUCCCAGUGCUGGCAGAAAAGACAGAGGACCCAGGAAAACCCAAAGCAGUAGGGGACUAUGGAGAAGGGGAUGCAAGGUUUGGGCUCUCUUCAAUCAGAGAAGAAAGACACCCUGGAGAUCAGAAACCAGCAGGGAUGCUUCUGAACAGGACAUUCCAAGGCUCCUGGAGUUGGAGCCAUAGCUUUCAUCCUGCUGAUCCCUGUCGACGCAGCCCCCAGCAUUACCCUCAGCCUAAACUCCCAGAACUACCUCCAGGAGUCCCUGGGGGAAAAGAAUCAGAGAAUGACCUGCAAGACAGUCAAACCAAGAUAAAUGUUGUCCUCAAACCAGCAAGGAUUCCUGAGAAUGCCCAGCCUGUGGUGCCCCAGGCUUCACAUGGCCAACCCUUCCUGCAUCAAGUAAUUCAGGGUAAGCAUUGGCAUUGCCAAAUUUUGCAAGGUCAGGUUUUACAGGGGCAAGCAAUGCCAGUCCAUACUCACAAAAGGCCCAGAAUUCCAGAGUCUAACCCAAGAAAUAAGAUUAAAUCCUUUCUGCACUGUUUUAGCCCCAAGAUGAAAAGCAAAGGGCAUGAGGAAUCCAUGUUCUCUACAGCUGAGAAAGUGGUCAAAGCCAGAAAAGGAAGUGUUGAAAAAAGCCCGGCUCCAGCCAAAAUCCCCAUGGGGAAAACUAAGACAGAGAAGCCAACAGGGCAUCCCAGGGUCCAAUCUUUCCCCACUGAGACCAGUGGCCUGGCCCCCUUGGAUGGUCCCCGUUCCCCUGACUAUAAGCUCCGGCUGUGCUCCAGACAAUGUGGCGGCUCUUCAGUUGUGGGCCACCCCUGCCACUUCCCUUGUACAGAGUACAGUCUGGCUCAAGAGAGUGAGCAGCUGCUUGCUGAGAGUAAGUUUACACAGAAAGCAAAUAUAUACACCUCAACCAAUGGAGUGCAGGGUGAUCAUGGCCUUUCUGGAUUAAUGGGCCCCCUUGGUAUGCAAGGUGAUAAGAGAAUGUCUUCGUCCUUUUCCUUGCAGGGUCUCAAAGGACAUCCAGGGCCCCCAGGACUUCGAGGUGAACAA